CAGAUUAGACUUAUGUUGGCUGUUGAUAUGUGUUUGUUUGCCUUGUCUAUUUUGUAUUUGUCACAAUAUGUAAAUAAUGUCACAGUUUUGCAUUAAAAAAAAAAAAAAAGAAACUCCCGAAUUGUUUCCCAAUUUGUGUGCUUCAUGCUUCGGACGUUCAGCCAACGGUUCGUGGUUGUGAUGUCUGAGGCUGAGGCUAAGAUCUAAUAAUGGGAUUUACAUAAAAACUAAAAAGUGUCCAGAUGCAUUAUAGUUAUGACCUGGACAUGUUUUCAAUAGAUAGAUUCACACUCAUACAUGUGUUAAACGCAAAACUUCUUCCCCAUGGUAGAGUCAUUUCCUAUGGGGGCCCCUAUACAAAUAAAUUAUGGUGUUGAUUCUGAAUGUGAUUUAGUAAUGUUCUUCCUGAUGGAUGCAGGCAGGCUCGUUUGUGUGAUUGAUGGCCCUUCCAGCCUGUCAGAGAUACUGGGGCUGCAGUGGAUAUAUGAGACCCAUUAUGAAUAGCUGAUCAUGACCAUCAUGGACAUUCACUACUCUCCUGAGCUCUGGUCUUGAAAGAUGUGGGACUUUGCUGCAUGUCAGAUCAUCCUUGUGGCUCUCUUCACUCCACACCUCUCAGGCCUGCCUCUAAACAUUUAUUGUACCUGCUUGUACAGGUCACCGCUCCACCAGAAAACACCUGUUAUGGCUACAGCUGGUCUUCUAAAUGCCAGGUGUCCAUAUUGAAAUUGAUUAACAAGGUUGCAGAAAGUAAAUAUGAAGAGCUUUAUCAACACAGCCAUUCACAAGUACAUUCACUGCCAUCACUGGAUAAGAAGUCAAGAACUUAUUUUAAAUUCUUCUUUUUUUGCUUAACUAGCUUCUGUUGAACUUAUGAAAAAAGUUGCAAUGUGUUGGGGUGGAUUCUGAUAAAAAUGUGGGUUGGGGGCGGGGCUGUGUGUUUAUUUGUUCCAGAGCCGCAGCUGAAAGGCAUCGUGACACGACUGUUCAGCCAGCAGGGUUUUUACCUGCAGAUGCAGCCAGAUGGAACUAUCGAUGGCACCAAGGAUGAGAACAGCGACUACACUCUUUUCAACCUCAUCCCCGUCGGCUUAAGAGUGGUGGCCAUUCAGGGGGUCAAAGCAGGUUUCUACAUCGGCAUGAACGCGGAGGGCUUCCUCUACAGCUCAGAGAUGUUCACACCUGAGUGUAAAUUCAAGGAGUCUGUGUUUGAAAACUACUACGUUAUCUACUCAUCCACCAUGUACCGUCAACAGGAGUCGGGUCGAGCCUGGUUCCUGGGCCUCACCAAGGAGGGUCAGGUCAUGAAAGGGAAUCGAGUAAAGAAAACUAAGCCCUCCUCACACUUUGUACCAAGACCCAUUGAAGUUUGCAUGUACAGAGAGCCUUCACUGCAUGAGAUUGAAGAGAAGCAACGCUCCAGGAAAAGCUCAGGAACCCCAACGAUGAACGGAGGCAAAGUGGUCAACCACAACUCCACAUAGCAGGGCCCAAACACAGGAGGCUGCUGUGGCAGAGUAGCCCCUUCCCCUCACCCUUGCGCCUCCAACCACGGGAAUAGUAACACACGCUACAAGAUGACAAACUGAACUCUUGCCUGAGAAAACUUCUAGAAGAACAGAGAGGGGAAAAAAGAUAAUUAAAUGUUACAGUUCCAAUCAGGAGUUGAACUCACAUUUUAUGCAAAAAAAGUUCAAAGUUCAUUUGAUUCACAACAAUAGUAAUAUUCUUUGUUUGGGGUUUAUGGUGUGAGAAAUGAGCUUUAAAACAUUCUCAUGUGUUCUUUUUCAUGUGAAUGCUCUAUCACCUCUUCAUGCUUUAUUGUCGUCAAGAAAAAUGGAAACCUUUCUCUUUUUGCUUAAUGUCAUUGCUAUUGAUUCGGUUUGUGAAUAUUAUGUAGUUUUGACCUGUUCAUUUUGGUAAGAGAUAAUAUCCAUGCAACACUUUCUUAAAAAAUCUUGCCCGCCUUGACGCACAUAUGUCCAGCACAAGUAUACUGUAUGUGUGUAUGUUUGUGUGUGCGCGUGGCACUGCUCAACACCUCUAAACUGCAGCUUGGUUUCAGCAGGAGUGGGACAAUCUUUAUAAUGAUGUACAGCUAAGCUUUAGAUGAUUAUUAAACAUUUUCCUUUCACCCAAGCAAACUUAAGUAUUAUAUUUAGCUCAAAAUAUAACAAGCAACUCAGGAAGCCCUAGUCUUAGAAGUGUAACCCUGACACCAGCCCUGUCCAGUCAAAAGCACAAAGAAGGCCAGUUUGUUGCCCCUGUAGAGGUUUCUAGGAAGUUGACCUGGACAGGGUGGGUGGAUUGUGGACUAGGAAGAGUUUGGCAUUCAUAAGUCUUCCAGUAUUAUUGGCAUGAGAGCUGUGCACAAAUAUGCAGCAAUGAGGUACAACAAAAUGCAGAGACUUAAACGCAUGAGUCCUCAAAAAAAUGUUUAUAGUUAAGUGAGAAAUGGUCAAAUGAAUAACAUGUAUGUGACAAAGAGUGUAGAAACAGGCACCCAGUGCAAAGAUUGUCCAGAUCAAAUGAGUUUCAGACAAGAAAACACUGUAAUGGGAGUGCGUCCUUUCGCUGUGUACAAACAGAACUCUUUAUUUUUCAUGUUUGCAGAUGUUUUCACCUAAAUGAAACACUAUCAUAUAUGCAUUAUGAAUAAUGAGAUGUAUAAAAUAUGCAUUGAUAUUAUGAAGUAGAAUGAAAUUAGGAUUGUUUCAGAAUAAAAGUAUGAUACUUAAAGCUUUCACCCGUCACUGCUUAUUUUCCAAGGAUUCUCUUGAGCAACUUUACUCAAGUAAGUA